AUUCCGACUGUAUGGACAUCGUAUAGUUAUGGCACCUACCGCAAUAUGGAGAAGUAUAACAACAACUAUUGCUAGCAUAUUUAAAUCAUCGUCACAUAUCAAGAACUUUACAAUACUUAUUAUCUUAUACACUUUUACGGGUCUAAUAGCUGAUACAAAUAUUCAACGCUCCUUUCUUUGUCGGCAAUGCGGUCAUACAGUUGUAUUUGCCAAUGAUCUUACUAGGGUUGCUAGCGACAUGUCGCUGAGACAGAGAAACGAUAGUCUUCUGGGAAGGAAGGGAACAUUGAUACAACUCUUACAAAACCCUGCCGGGGCUAGAUUCGAGGUGAUUACAUCAAAGAGAGCUCAUGUAACCAAAUCUACGGUGACUGUAAGCUCAGACACUUGGUUUACUGGUUUUUCGUGGAGAAUUGCAACUUGCCCAAAGUGCCAUUUUCAUUUAGGAUGGAGCUACGAACCUCUCUUCUAUAAAGGUGGAUUAGCCGAUUCCAAAGAUACUUUUUAUGCCUUAAUCUUAGAUAAUUUAUUGGAUGAAACUUAUGCCGAUAAUCUAAUUAUAACUCCAAAAGUUUAUCAGAGUUGAAAAAAAGGUGAAUUUUGAAUAAUCUACAAUUGAACUGCAAAAUUACAGUAUACAAUAUAUGAUGAGAAUGCCAAAAUAGUAAUUUAUUUCUCUUGUUACAUCCCAAUUCAAUUAAAUAAUACAAGAUAUUUAAAAGGAUGAAAACGUUACUAUAGAAACAGAGAAAAGAAAAUGAUAAAAAAAAACAGUUAUCUUCCAUCAAAUUAAUUAGCUGGCUUUACAGGUUUCUGCUUCUUUUCUUUUUUUUUAAAAAAACAAAGGUUUUCGGAAAGCAUUUGUACAUUUUUAAGAAAUUUCAAUAUUAUUUCGAUAUAAAAAUCAUAAUAAAAGCAUAAAC